UCGCCAUUUCCUCUCUGCUGCGUCUCGUCGUCUCGCUUGCUCUCUCGGCCUUCUUUGUGCUCUGCUCCAAAAUGUCGAUCAGCGAGAUAGCUUGCACUUACGCCACUCUCAUCCUCCAUGAUGACGGAAUCUCAGUCACACCGGAGAAGAUCAAUACUUUGGUGAAAGCUGCGAAGGUGGAGGUUGAGUCUUACUGGCCGGCUCUAUUCGCUAAGCUAGUCGAGAAGAGAAACGUUGAAGAUCUCAUUGCCAACGUUGGUUCCGGUGGAGGCGGUGCUCCCGUCUCUGCUGCCGCUCCAGCUGCUGGUGGUGCUUCGGCUGCUGCCGCCGCUCCUGUAGUUGAGGAGAAGAAGGAAGAACCAAAGGAAGAAAGUGACGACGACAUGGGAUUCAGCUUGUUUGACUAGGAGCUCCUUUCGGCUUUCAGUAUGAUAAUGUUUUGUUCUUUCUGCAAAUUAGGACAUGCUGGAGUGGCAACUCAUUAAAGUUUUUGUUUUACGAUUCUAUGAAUUUCAAUUUUACUGGUUGUAUCUUGACAUCACUCUAGAUUCUUAGAAGAAAUUUUCAGACUUACAGGUAGUUGAAAUUUUCCAAAUUCUAUUAUGUUUGGCUCUAGUUGAAACUUGAGAUGAACUCUAUUGAUUUAGAUUUGGCAUUGAUUGUUGAAUA